UGUCUGAAUUGGGUCUCUAUUUAUAGGCUUUGUGUCGUUGGAUUGCAAGAACAAGAGCCUCAAUCUCUCCCCUUUUCUCUCAACUUCUCUUCAUAUAUUACUCCACAAACACCUCUUUCAUCUCUAAUCCACCACCAAUUUCCUCUCCGUUCUUUCAAUUCCUCGCCCCAUUUCUUCUUACCCAUAAAACAGCUUCUCAUGGCUAUCUCCAACAAAUUUCCUUGCCUUCUCUUCCUCUCCUCUCUUUUUGUCUCUGCCGCGCUUGGGGAUCUUGUUUGCGAGGAAUUGUCGGUGGAUGUGUGCGCAUUUUCAAUAGCUUCAUCGGGGAAGAGAUGUUUGUUGGAGACGGCAGAGACGAAAGAUGGGAAGAUUGAAUAUCAAUGCAGAACGUCUGAGGUGAUAGUGGAAUGGAUGGCGGAGUUCAUAGAGACAGAUAAAUGCAUCAAGGCUUGUGGGGUGGAUCGGAACUCGGUCGGAAUUGCCUCCGAUGCACUCCUCGAGCCACUCUUCACCGCCAAGCUUUGCUCCCCUGCCUGCUACCAGAAAUGCCCCAACAUUGUUGACCUUUACUUCAACAUGGCCGCAGGAGAGGGAGUGUUCUUGCCCGACCUUUGCACCAGACAACGCACAAACCCCCACCGUGCCAUGGCAGAACUGCUGAGCUCCAGUGCUGCUGCUGCUUCUGCUGCUGGCGGUCCAGUGUCAUCGGAAAAUACCCCUGGAUUCUUCCCCACAGCUGAUGCCCCAGCUCCGAUGUGAAGACGACGUUGAUUUAUUGUUUGGUUGGUGAUUGAUUGAUUGAUUGUAUCUUCAUUGUCAUUUUCCUAGAACAGCUGAGAGGAAAUAGAUGGGUGAUUUUCUUUGGAUUUCACAUUUACUUUCCAUACCAUUAUAUUGUAUACCUCUUUUUCCUUUGUUCUGCUUUUCAAUAUUCCCAUACACACACUUAGUUUUACUCUAUAUUUCUCCUUAAUAAAAGUAUUAUUGUUACCUUA